CAUCUGAGACUGACUGAGAGAGACGCCUGCAUACACGCCAGCACGAGCAGCGCCGGGCCGGGCGAUCGAUCGGACGGACGGCGCCGUAGGCCGUAGCGGGCGGUCGCUGUUGGUGGCGGGUGGAGGUGGUGGCGGUUACGGUGGAGAAAGGCGAGGGCGCGGGGUGGCCAAUUGGGAAAGGGCACCAGGAGAUCCAGGGCUCCCCGGAUUUCAGCCAGACUUUGCCCGCAAUCCAUCCGCCCUUUCCGCCGGUCGGUGUCCCAUCCGUGCCCGCGCGUGUCCCUCUCCCCCUCCUCCCCGGCGAAAGCGAGACGACGGAGCGACCCAGGCCGGGGGCGUGCCUAUAUAGCUUCCUCUGCAUCAACUGCGUGAUCAAGCCCAAGCUGCCUAUAGCUAGCUACGAGCUACGAGUUGGUGUGGUAAGAGGAGCUAUAUACCCUCUAUCUAUAUAUAUAUAUAUAUUAUUCUUAUUUAGCCGCCGUCUCUUGCUCGCCCUGUGCACGCGAGGGCGGUGCAGCCUGUGUAUAAAUUCGGGGCGCUUGUGGCACUCGUUGGGCGCAAGGAGAAGUACUUACUACACGAAGGAACUGCAAAGACCGCGCUCUGAUAGGCUGGGACGUGCGCUGCCGCUGAUCAGGCUUCUGUUCUUCCUCUAGUGCAAUAUUCACGCUGAUAGCGGAAUAAAAUGGACACUUUCUCCCAUGUUCCGCCGGGUUUCCGGUUCCAUCCUACUGACGAGGAGCUCGUCGAUUAUUACCUGAGGAAGAAGGUGGCAUCAAAGAAGAUUGACCUUGACGUCAUAAAGGACGUCGAUUUGUACAAAAUCGAGCCAUGGGAUCUCCAAGAAAAGUGCAAGAUCGGUAUGGAGGAGCAAAACGACUGGUACUUCUUCAGCCACAAGGACAAGAAGUACCCGACGGGCACCCGCACCAACAGGGCGACGAGCGCCGGGUUCUGGAAGGCGACGGGGAGGGACAAGCCCAUCUACACCAACCACUGCCUCGUCGGGAUGAGGAAGACGCUCGUCUUCUACAAGGGUCGUGCGCCCAACGGCCAGAAGUCGGACUGGAUCAUGCACGAGUACCGCCUCGAGACCAACGAGAAUGGAGCCACGCCCGAGGAAGGAUGGGUGGUCUGCCGGGUGUUCAAGAAGCGAGUCGCGACUGUGCGGAGGAUGGCAGAUAUGAGCUCGCCUUGCUGGUUCGACGACCAUGGGACUGGUGGUGCGUUCAUGCCGGACCUCGACUCGCCGAGGCAGCUCGGGUACCAGCACCACCACCCCCAGAACUUGGCGGCGUACCACAGCCAGCCGCAGCAGCAGCAGCAUCUGUACCACUGCAAGCCGGAGCUGGAGUACCAUCACCUCCUGCCGCAGGAGGCCUUCAUGCAACAGCUUCCUCAUCUGGAGAGCCCCAAGCCUACAGCCAACAUUGGCCACGGCAGCAGCAGCAGCAGCAGCCUACCGUUGUCCACCAGCAACCACCCCCUUGCGCACGACGGAGCCUCCAGGUUCGCCGCACAUCAACCGCAGAUGGAUCAUGCGCUUUACGCCGGUGACUCAUCGGCCACAGACUGGAGGCUCCUCGACAAGUUCGUCGCGUCUCAGCUGUUCAGCCAUGACGGUACCAAUCCCAAGGAGCAGGCCACUCACCCCAAUCCGGCUGUGCAGGUGUUUCAGGCUGAGAACAGGCAUGAACAGGCCUUGGACUACGCUUCGACGUCUGCUGACGGAGGCUCGGCUCAUCUGUGGAAAUAGCUUGCACAAGCAAGCACAACUCCAUUGGACACCCUACACAAUUUAUAAAAUCCAGAUCUGAUCUAGUGUACAAAUAUAGCCGGCCAUGUAUGCCAUGAUUUAUCAUGGUAUAUAUAUGCGCGCACACACACACAUAUAUAUACAUAAUAAAUAUGUAACCGAAGUGGUUAUGUAGUAGUAGUAGUAUCUAUUAUUUGGUAUCAGGUCUCUGGACCUGAUGCUAAUAAGGUAGCCAAAAGCUGAGGCCAAGGGGCUACAGUGACUGACUUGACCAUUUUGUGAAAAUAGUCAAGCUGUUGAUGGGCGUCUAUUUUGUGCAGUCCAUCACACAAAAACGGCAGCUAAGGUCACUGCCGAUGCACCAACAAUGUUUUAUCAACUCUAUGCAUGUAUCAUGUAUCUCUCAAUUCAUUGAAAUGGAAUGGAAAGUUUAUUUAUUGACCAGGAAAAA